AUGGCUGAGGGCCGGCGGUGGGAGGACGAGGACGAAGAGCUGGGGCGCCGCGCCCGGGGCCGGGCGCUCUCGGGCCACCCGGCUGCAGAUCGCAACGAACGAAAUAAACCAGAGCAUCGUUCCUCAAGCCAAGGACCCUUGUCUUCCAUUCGAGCAGUAAUCAAGAGAUCUUCUCGGACUUCUAUACAGAGUGAGCUUCAUCGAGAUAGGAGGCGCCCGGAGAUCACCAUUGUGGCAGCUGAGCCACUGAGGCCAGCCUCAUGGUUUCCAGGAGCCCCAGCCCCAGGAUUGGGGUUUUCCCCGCCCUCUGCCGCAGGCCCGUGGAGGCCCAGUGAGCUGGUUCCUGCUGAGCUCCCACCAUCUUAUGAGCAAGUGAUAAAAGAAAUCAACCAAGUUCAAGUUAAUACUACAAAUAAUAAUAAUGCUGCUGCCUCUCCAAGGCACACUAUUACUUCUGCAACUCAGACUGACUUUUCAGAAGAAAUAGACAACCACCUGCCUCAAACGCUACAGGCACCUCUCAAACCUCUUCAGCCUUCCAUAGGGGUCUCAGCCAGUGAUCUUCCCACAAAUGUGGCACCUUUAAUAGUCUUUGACAUUUCUGAGGAACACAGUUGUCCAGAAAAUUCCAAUGCUACAAGAUGUCCAGUGCCAAAACCAAGAUCAAAAAGCAACCUCAGACCAGUAGCCAGAGAUUCCCACAUUAAAGGGCAGAAUCUCCAGAAAACCAGCUCAGCGGCCACCGAAGAGGAGUCGGCCCCAAGCCAACCCCAGUCUUUGUUGGACAAUACCAACGACUCGGAUCGUCAGGCAGGGAUAAACAUUAUGAACACAGAACGAAGCCAAAAUAGUAUUGUUUCAAGGAUCAAAGCAUUGGAUAGUCAGACAAAUACAGAAACUUCUGGACUGCCCAAGAAACCAGAGAUUGCUCCCCGCGCCCUCCCCCCAAGGCCUGCUGUUCCCUCAGGGAAACCCUCUGUGGCUCCCAAACCAGCUGCUAACAGAGCUUCUGGAGAAUUGGACUCCUGGAAUGAAAACAGAUGCAAGGUGGCCUCAGGGGAAGGGCCCACCCCACACUCUCCAUCGCAAGAAGUGGGGAGCAUCCCAGUAACCAAACCUGAAUUGCCAAAGAAACCAAACCCUGGCCUUACACGAAGUGUUAAUCCGGACACUCUGGGAGGAGGGCCUGUGGCUGAGAGCCCUGAUGGCAGGAAGAGAGUCCCAACUCCUGCUCCUCGGCCUUUGCUGCCGAAGAAACCCGUUUCCUCAGAAAACCCCACCUGCCCUGCAGCUUUGCUGAAACCGGUCACUGUUCCUCCCCGACCCUCAGUGGCAUCACAAGCCAAAGCAUCCAGGCCACCGGGCGAAGGAGCCUCAGCCAACCCCCCUGCCCCAGGUCCGCAAAGCAAGCCUCUGGGGGACAUCGACCUCAUCAGCUUUGAUGACGAUGUUUUACCCACCCCACCUGGGAACGUGGUUGAAGACUCUCUUGGUUCAGAGAUGGCUCUGGAUCCCUUUCAGGUCCCCACAAAGACAGAACCAACAAAAGAACCAGCAGUUCAACCAGCACCCGCCAGAAAGCCCACUGUGAUUCGAAUUCCAGCCAAACCAGGAAAAUGUUUACAUGAGGAUGCACAAAGCCCACCUCCUCUCCCUAUUGAAAAGCCUAUUGGAUACACUUACAGUGCGGUAUCUGGGAAACCCAGUAAUGUUGACAGAACUAGAGACUUGGAACCCGACCAGGCUGGGCAAAUGGGAGGCACUGUGCGAGGACCCCCCAGGCUUCCACCAAGACCUAUAAAUGGAAGAGUCACACCAGCUCGACAGCCUCCACCCAGGGGGGCCCCUGAGAGACCACCUCCCCCGAGACUUUCUACAGCCAGAACAUCAAAUAAGAAACUGCCUUUUAAUCGGUCUUCUUCUGACAUGGAUCUUCAGAAAAAACAGAAUAACGUGGCUUCCAGACUCACAAAAACCAAGAGUCAAGUUUUUAAAAGUCAAGAUCCGGUGCUACCUCCUCGCCCUAAACCAGGACACCCUCUCUACAGGAAAUACGUGGAACCAAGCCACACGCAGAAGCCUGUUGACAGUAGUGCUCCUCAUGCUGUCGUUCUUCAUGAUUUUCCAGCAGAGCAAGUUGGUGAUUUGAGUCUCACUUUUGGAGAAAUUGUUUAUCUUCUGGAAAAAAUAGAUACAGAUUGGUACAGAGGGAAAUGUAGAAACCAGACUGGGUUAUUUCCUGCCAACCAUGUCAAAGUAAUUAUUGAUGUUCCAGAAGGAGGAAAUGGGAAAAGAGAAUCAGUUUCAUCUCACUGUGUUAAUAAGGGUCCAAGAUGUGGUGCUCAGUUUGAAUAUAUUGGAGACCAGAAGGAUGUGCCAAGUUUCUUGGAGGGAGAAAGUAUUGUUCCUAAUGAGCAUGUGAAUGAAGAAUGGGCUGGAGGAGAACCCCGAGGCAGAACUAGGAUUUCCCCCCUUAACCUUGUGGAACUCGUUGAGGAUCAUGCCUCCUCUGGUACAAAUGUUUUCAGCACAAAGGUACCACUGAAGACAAAAAAAGAAGAUUCUGGAGCAGAUUCUCAGGAUGACAGUCUUUCUGGAGAAUGGUGUGAAGCACUUCACAGUUUUACGGCAGAGACCAGUGAUGACUUACCCUUCAAGAGGGGAGAACGGAUCCUGAUUCUCCAGCGGCUGGACUCCGACUGGUACAAGGGCAGACUGCGCAACAGGGAGGGGAUCUUCCCCGCAGUCUUUGUGCGGCCCUGCCCAGCUGACAUGAAAAGUAUGUCUCCUUUGGCACUGAAGGGGAGGAAGGCCAAAGCCUUGUAUGAUUUCCAUGGGGACAAUGAAGAUGAGCUUUCCUUCAAGGCUGGAGAUACAAUUACAGAGCUGGAAUCUGUAGAUGAUGACUGGAUGAGUGGAGAACUAAUGGGAAAAUCUGGAAUAUUUCCCAAAAACUAUGUUCAGGUUUUACAAGUCGGGUAA